CUCUCUCUCAAAAAUAAAUAAAUGUUAAAAAAAAAUUAAAGAAAAAUUAGCCAUCUACAAAUGAUUAUUAAAGCAAUGUGCAUAAAUGAGUGAAGAGGCUUGGAUGGAGCCUUGAAUGCUUAACCAGGUUAGGGGAAGAUGAAUCUGCACAGAAGAUCCAGGAGGACUGUCCAGAGAGGGAGGAAAACCAGAAGAAAAGAUGCUGGAACCACAGAAUGGCUUGAUUGACCUACCAGAUUAUGAGCAUGUGGAAGAUGAAACUUUUCCUCCUUUCCCACCUCCAGCGUCUCCACAGAGAGAAGAUGGUGAGGGAGCUGAACCUGAUGAAGAGUUAGAGAGAGGAGCACCUGUUCCUGUACCUCCAAAGAGAACAGUUAAACGGAAUAUACCCAGGCUGGAUGCUCAGAGAUUAAUUUCAGAGAGAGGGCUUCCGGCAUUACGGCAUGUGUUUGAUAAGGCAAAAUUCAAAGGUAAAGGCUAUGAGGCUGAAGACUUGAAAACGCUAAUCAGACACAUGGAGCAUUGGGCACAUAGGCUAUUCCCUAAACUGCAAUUUGAGGAUUUUAUUGACAGAGUUGAAUACCUGGGAAGUAAAAAGGAAGUUCAGACUUGUUUAAAACGAAUUCGACUUGACCUCCCUAUUUUACAUGAAGAUUUUAUUAAUAAUGAUGAAGUAAGAGAAAAUAAUGUACAUGAUGUAACUGCUACCGAAUCAGAUCCCUUUUUGACAAGCUCAUUGGAAAGUGAGAAGUUUGCUUCUGAGUCGAGUAGAAGCCUAACAGAAGAAGAACAACAGAGAAUUGAGAGAAAUAAACAACUGGCCUUGGAAAGAAGGCAGGCAAAGCUACUGAGUAAUAGUCAGUCCCUCGGAAAUGACUCAUUAGCGAGCAUACCCGGGACAGAGACCAUCGAAGAGGUUAAUACAGGGGAAGAUCAAGAGGAGGAGUCAUCAAACAGAUUUGACAAAGACAUUCUCGACAGUCCACACAAUGAUGCUGCUGCCAAUGCUGUAAAUGAAGAGGAGGAAUUAAAAAUAGAGAAAACACAACUGGACCAAUCCUUUUAAAAUGUAUAGUGGUAACUUUAUGCUUUAUCUGGGAAUGUCACUGAGGUUGGACAGGCCUCAACUAAGAGAAAAGCUGUUAACUUGCUAUCCUCUAAGUUUUAGAUUACUAUGUAUUUUGUCUACUUGGUGUGAAAAUCCUCAUGUAGUAAGACUUUCACAGAUUCCUGUUUAAAAUCUGGUAUUAUAAUUAUACUCGUUUCUUAUUUGAGUUGAUUUAUUCCCUUUAGUGUUUAUAUAGAUAUGACAUGAAAACGAGUAGGAGUUAAUAAGCACCUUCUGCUGCUAGUGUGCCAUUGAAUGUUUCCUUUUCACACAAUUGGCUGUUUUUAAGAUGUAAAUAUAUAAUGAAUAUUAAUGUCUUUUUAAAAAAGAAAUAGAAAUCUCACAAAUUGUCUCUAAA